AUGCAUUCUAUAACCUAUGUAUAUUCAUUUUUGUUUAUUUCUAGUUGUUUCGAAUGUGAUUUAACAUUUGACUUCUCUUUAUCAAUUAAAAUUUCAAAAUCGUAUAAAAUCGCUCAUCAAUUAUUAACGGAACAGUUACAAGAAACAUUUACAAAAUUAUUAGAAAAUAAUUACUAUACACAAAUACAAAAUUUAAUAACACAAAUAUUUGAAGAUCCUUGGUGUAUAUCAUUUAUUGAUCAAUUUCUCGAAAAAUUAUUUUUUCAUCAUUUAGCUAUAAAUGAAACAAUGUUAACAACAUUUUCUAUUGAUCAACAUCAAGAAUUAAUAAGAAUAUUUUUAAAAAAUCCAGAAAAAUGCUUUGAACGUGUAAAAAAACUAUUAGAAUUAGAUAUAGCUUAUAUUUAUGUUGAUUAUGUUCAACAACGUUUAUUAUUUUCAAAAAAUGUUGAAUAUAUUGAUCAUUUAAUUCAAGAUGAAAAAUGUCUAACAUUAACCAAAUUAAAACAAUUAAAUGGUAAUGUUGAAACAAAAUUGAUGCGUUUUGAAGAUAAAAAAUUACCUGGAUUCACAACGGUCGAGAAUUUAUUAUUUUAUGCAAAUUAUUUAACCAAUAAUCAACAACUAAAAAUUACAAAUAUUUUGCAUAAUGAUUAUUUAGAAGAUAAAACCGUAUCAAUGUCAAAUAAAUUCAAAGCUAUUAAAGUUUUAAAACAUCUUAAAACCACAUAUCCUCUUACAUUAAAAUGGAGUGAAAAAAUUGCAACAAAAAUUCCAUCUGUAUCGAGUAAUGUAAGCCGUCGUGGACGUGGUGCUAACUCACAGUCAUUUGCUGAUAUUGCUUUAUGUCUACCAGCCAUGUUGGAUUUAUUUAAAUCUGAUAUUUUGAAAAUAUUCGAUAGUUUAAUGAUAAAAAUAAAUGCCAGUAAUGCAAAGUACGUUAGCGAUGCUAUGUUGGUUAUAUCGCGGAAAUUAAUUGAUGAACAAUUUUUAGGAUUAUAUCUGAAAUUUGUUAAAAGUGAACAAUUCCCAAAGUUAGGUUAG